AUGUUGGGUUUGGAUUAUCAUUCUAGUAGGGGGUACGUUGGGUUAGAACACUAUGGUAGAAUGGUUAGUAUGAAGAUCCUCCUUGCUGGGAUUCAUAUGGGUCAGCUUGAAUCUAUUAAGUCCUUUCCCCACACAUUGAAGAAAGUUUGCGAAUUGAAGGAAAGCUUUGAGGGAAGAAGGCCGUUUGAAGAAGAAGCCUGUCUUGCUGCAAAGCAGAUUAUUGCAGCAGGUCCUUUUACCACAACUGACAACUUGUUCUUUGAACCUCUAACUGAGCUGCUAGCAUAUGCACAAAGAAAGCAGCCUCAGUUGCUUUUAUUGCUGGGACCAUUUAUUGAUUCUGAACAUCCAGAGAUUAAGAAAGGAGCAGUAAACAGGACCUUUGAUGAAAUAUUUCGUCUUGAAAUCCUUGGAAGGCUUCAAGAUUAUGUGGAAUAUAUGGGUUCUGCUGCACGUGUAAUUCUCGUGCCAUCUAUACGGGACGCAAAUCAUGACUUUGUUUUCCCUCAGCCUGCUUUUGAUAUUCAUCUCGCAAGUCACAAUUUUAAAGAAAUUACAUUGUCUUACCAGAUAACCAGUCUUACAAAUCCGGGGAUUUUCAGUGCAAAUGAGAUCAAGGUAGGUUGCUGCACUGUGGAUAUUCUCAAACAACUUAGCGGAGAGGAGAUCUCACGGAAUCCAUCUGGGGGAUCCAAGCAGUGCAUGAAUAGACUUGCAAAUCAUCUACUUAGCCAGCACAGCUUCUAUCCUCUAUACCCACCAAUGGAAGAUACUCGCGUGGAUUUUUCUCUCGCUCCAGAGGCUCUUCAGAUCCCUUGUAAUCUAGAUAUCCUAAUCCUAUCCUCUGACUUGGAUCAUUUCGUGAAGGUGUUGUCAAUUGGGGAUAAAAAUGACGGAGAAGAGCAAGCGAAGUGCAUUUGUGUUAAUCCGGGAAGACUGGCUAGGGGCGAAGGAGCGGGUUUCUUCAUGGAGCUUAACUACGGGGGAAGCUCUGAUUCAGCCAGUGCUUCAGUUAUAAGCAUAUAG